CCCGGAGCACAUGCUAUGCCGUGCGAUGCCGUCACGGGGCGACCUGAGCCCCCCAACUCGAAGAUUGCAGCAGAGGUGCUGGCAUGUAACCGACGUAACGGUCAGCACCAACCAUGGACGUUGCCGCGACUGUCUCCGAGCGCUAUCCGGGCCUGGAUCCAGGACCACUGCCCACACUAAGUGAAUCUGUCGAAGCAGACUUGCACCAUCUCGAAACGGAACGGCUGAAGCGAGAUCUGGCAGCGAUGGUGGCGAUGGAUGCGACCAUUGCCAGGUCGAUCGCAUCCAACAUGAUGACCGGCGUCGCGUCCGCCGAGACGACUGCUGGGGCCAUCAAAUUGCAGUCGUGGUGGAGGCAACGCGUUGCCCAAGCCAAGCUGGCCACUCUAAUGCUGGAAAAGUUUGAGGCCGACGAAGCGCGACAACGUUUGCGAGAACAGCGACUCGUGGAAGACACCCUCCAGCUUCUCGAUCGACUGGCACUGCAAAACCACUUAGCUAACGAAGCAUACUUGACCAAGUGCCGAAGGAAUCACCAGAACCGAGUGGCGUAUUCGAUUCAGUGCCUCUACCGCCGCCAUUCGGCCAAGAAGCGGCCGACGACCGCCGCGACCACGAUCCUACCCUCGUCGUAUGACGCGACUCUGUUCCGUCCAGAGAGCAGCUAGACCAUGUCCGUUCAUAUCAUGGCCUCUAUUUACUUGAUUUGCUAAGUGGUGCUGCUGCGGGACCCCAACGAGUUUCGCAGCGACUCCGCCGACAUUUCCUCCCACUCGUGGACACUCUUGACGACUACGUGACUGAGGGUGGCUUCUUGGAUGGAUCGCCGCGUUUUGAACACGCCGUGGCACGUUCGACACACGCGCUGGGCGUCCUUGACGGGCUUUCCAUUUGACGCCGUGCGGCCAGGAAACUGCGGCGGAAACUGGCAGAGCUCAACUGAGAACGCGGCGCAUUCGGAGCAGCAGAUCCGACCGCAGUGUUUGCAGUGGUGGCGCCGGUGGGCAAACCCAAACGGUUUGACGCACACCAUGCAGUUCUUCUUGUCCUUCUCGCUCAUCCAGAGCGGGGGCAACGUGAUCGCGUCCAGUAGUUUCUUGAGCUUGACAUUGUCCCGCUGGGCGAGCUCGAUCACGCGGACGCCAUCGCGGUCGGUUGCGUUGAGCUGAGCGCCCGAUCGGAUGAGCGAGCACGCAAUGUCCAUGAGUUCUCUGUCGACUGCUACGUGGAGGAUGGUGGACCCAUCCAGAAGCGCCACGGUUGGUGCUGCGCCAGCUUCGAGCAAGAUAUCUGUAAUCGUCGGAUCGGUCUGUCGUGUCGUCAUGAUAUGCACGACCAGCGGAGUCUGUUGGCGCUGGUUUGGGACGUCCACGAUGGAUCGGCCGCCGUACUGGAGGAGAAACUGGACGAGGCGUGGGCCGUUCUUGCGGUCUUUGGCGACGGCAAAGUGCAGUGCAGUGUUACCAUUCCGGUCUUGAAGGGUCAUGAGGUCGUAAAUAAGCUUGGAUUUGCACAGUUCGUUCACCACUGUGUAGUGGCCCUUACGAAUCGCCAGGUGCAGCGCCGACUGGCAGUGCUUGGGUUCGCAGAUCAACAGGUCGCAGUGGGCAUUGCACAGUGCUUUCACGACUUGGAGGUCGCCUCGCUCAGCCGCAUCCAGCAGCGUAGUCCGUCCGGCGUUGUUCAGAAUGUUCGGAUCGCUGCCUGCUUCCAAGAGCAUGCGGCACACAUGCGGGUCGGUGGCCAAGUGAAGAGGCGUGUUCCCAGCCAAAUCUUGCGCGCUUAAGUCCGAGUCCCAGUCCACUAGUAGUGCCACGACUUCGAGGUUCGGAAGCGCUGCCGCCGCAUGGAGCGGCGUCCGUCCGAGCGAGUUCAUCGCGAGCACACUCGCGCCGUUCUCUAGCAAUGUCAUGACGUCUAGUUCAUUGCCUGAGUUCACGGCGUGGUGCAGGGCCGUGUCCCCAGGCGUCUUUUCGACUGGCCGGGGUGGUUUCUGUCGGUGAUUGUUGGAUAAGGUGUACCCAUUCGGGUCGUAGUCUCCCCCACUGCGGGAAAUCAUUCGGAAUUUGAACGUCGACGCACUGCCGGCGGUACCUCGGAAUGCAAAGUCGUCGUCUCCGUUGGAAGAGGCGAGCGACGACCUCAAGUCCCCGGACAGCCGA